ACAGCCAGUGAUAAGAAGAAGGGUGGGGAGUGCUGGGCGCUUCUGUCUCCUCUUCUUCCCCCGCCUCGGAGCGCCAGCGGCUUCAUCCGAUCUCCUUCUCACCUCCUCACCUCAGGCGCACACCGAUCACUCUCUUCCCUCCUCCAGCAGUCCAGCUCACACCCACCGCCCCACCCCUUCCACUCAAAUCCAGGGACAUCGCAGAUCCACCGGCUCUCCGAUCCGCUCGCCUCCGCACCCGCCCGAUCGGAUCCCGCAGGUUUUGUGCCCGCCACGAGUUAGAUGGUUUACGAUGGCGCCGUGAAGGACCAGGACCAGGAGACCGUGGCGGCGAGCACUGCAUCGGCGGCAUCGGUGGUGGCGGUGUCGGAGGCGUCUCCCGCGCCGGUGGUGGUGGUGGUCAGUGCGAGGCCCUCGGCGAGGCCGCCGCACGACAAGCGCCUCGGCGUGCGCCACCCCUUGAAGCACCGCUGGUUUCGUGCUGGUGGGAAGAUGAUGAUGGAGCCCGGAGGGGUGCUGCCUGCUCACGCGCAUGAGGAGGAGGAGGAGGGAGCCAGCGAGGUGGAAGAGGAGGAGUUAGUGGAGGCGGAGGCCUCGUCCGCGGAGACGGUGACGUGGGGCGCUGAAGUGGAGGUGUCGUCCGCGCCGGCGGCAGGGGUGCAGGAGAUGAACGCGGAGGUGGAGGGUGGCGAAAUGGAGGUGUCGCCUGAGCCUGCGGUCGCUGUGGGGGGCACCGAGUUGGAGCCCCAGCAGGACGACGAGGACGAGGUCUCGUCCGUCGUGUUGGCGCGAGGGGAGAGGAAGCAGGAGGCGGCUCCUGCUUCUGCGGUGCUAGCUGUGGAGGCGCCCAUGGAAAUGGGUCAGGAUGAGGAGAGGGCGGAGAAGGAGAAGAGGGGCAAGGAGAGGGAAAGGCAGAAGGAGCGGGAGAGGGUGGAUGAGGUCGGCUACAUGAGCGGAGGAUGGAAGAGUGUUGAUGGAACACUGAAUUGUGGAUAUUCAAGUUUUAGAGGAAGAAGGGCAAGCAUGGAAGAUUUCUAUGAUAUAAAAGCAUCUAAAAUUGAUGAUAAACAAAUAAAUCUCUUCGGAAUUUUUGAUGGUCAUGGUGGUUCACGUGCUGCUGAGUAUUUGAAGGAGCACUUGUUUGAGAACCUCAUGAAACAUCCGGAGUUCAUGACAAAUACAAAAUUAGCAUUAAGUGAAACAUAUAGAAAGACCGAUUCAGAGUUUUUGGAUGCUGAAAGGAAUACUCAUAGAGAUGAUGGGUCAACGGCAUCGACAGCAGUGAUGGUUGCUGAUCAUCUUUACGUGGCAAAUGUUGGAGACUCGAGGGCUGUUAUAUCAAAGGCUGGCAAAGCUAUUGCGCUCUCUGAAGAUCACAAGCCAAACAGAAGUGAUGAGAGGAAUCGAAUUGAGAGUGCUGGUGGGAUAGUUAUGUGGGCAGGAACUUGGAGGGUAGGUGGUGUACUUGCGAUGUCUCGGGCAUUUGGCAACCGUCUCUUAAAACAAUUUGUUAUUGCAGACCCUGAAAUUCAGGAACAAGAAAUAAAUGAGGAGUUGGAGUUUCUAAUUAUAGCUAGUGAUGGGCUGUGGGAUGUGGUUUCGAAUGAGGACGCUGUUACACUUGUGAAAAUGGAGGAGGAACCAGAGGCUGCAGCUCGGAAGCUGACAGAGACCGCGUUCUCUCGCGGGAGCGGCGAUAACAUCACGUGCAUCGUGGUGAAGUUCCAGCAUGACAAGCCGCGCAGUGGCGGUGGCGAUUCCCCUUCCUCGCCUCGUCUCUAGGCGACAGGAGUUGAUUCCAUUUGUUUUUGGUUAUACGUGUUGUCGGGGUCCUUUUUACCUUGAGCCGGAUUUUGCUGGCCCCCGAGGCUGAUACUUGAGAAAAGGAGUCGGUUCAUGUUCAUUGCCUGUCUUGUCUAUAUAUGCCCCCCUCCCUAAUUUUGCUUCUCCGGUGGCAGUGCUGCCCAUUGGCAUGCACAUCGUCGGCAUUGUCGUAGACUUGUAGUUUGCUGUUGUAUCAGUGAGAGAGAGAGUUAAUUCUGUGAGGUGUUCAUUUUGAGAUGUCACUGGACCGAUCUUCAGUCCAGCUAGAUCCGUAAGAUGUGCAGUGCAUAAUCUCGUAGAGGUGAUGAUAUUCGUCAGAAGAAUCAGUGAGAGAUUACCGUGUCACAUUACUGUGUUUUUCUAAUGUAAUGGGUGUACUGUUUCUAUA